GCCCUGUCCCGUCCCAUCCUCUACCCCCUGUCCCGGGUCCGGCUUCAGCGAGAGGAGCGCGGGAGGGAGCCAUGUCGCACGGAGCCCGAGUGAUCCGCACCGGGGUGAGCAGCGGAGGGGUCGCGGGCCCCCCGUCCGCUUCCACCGCCUCCUCAGCGGGCUCGGACGGGGAGCUGGUGGACGGUGCUUAUUUCCGCUCCUGCGUCGGCAUGCUGAAGGUGGCCCAGAUGAUCUCACUGCUGAUCGGAUUCAUAAGUGUAAAUAAUUCUCCAUGGACAGAUUACAGUGCAUACAGCUACUUUCAGAUUGUCAGCAUGUGCGACUUGGUUAUGAUUUUAUUCUUCUACAUUAUCUACGUAUUUAAAAUCUACAGGAAGCUGACUUGUGUUAGCUGGCCACUUGCGGAGUUUCUUCAUUAUUUAAUUGGUACGAUUCUGCUUCUCAUUGCAUCGAUUGUAGCAGCAUCCAAGAGUUACAAUUUGACUGGACUUGUGGCUGGAGCAACUUUCGGGUUCCUAGCUACCAUCCUUUGUGUUUUAAGCAUGUGGUCAUCCUACAAGGUUUCGUGCAUCACGCAGUCCUCAAAUGCAUCUGUAUGACUCCUUCACCUCCACAAGACACCUGCCUUACAAAACAGGAUACCAAAGAGGAGUGUCCACUACUGAGGAGAGAGCAUUGGGUAUUCUGUUACGAGUCUGGACAACUGGUGGCUUUUAAAGAUCUACUUGAAUGCCUAUGCGAAACCAUGCCAUGAACCAAAGUCUAUAAUGGAGAGUAAUAAUGGAGAACCUGUUUUUUGGAGCUUUACGGAGAAAGACAACUUCUGUCUCAUGAGCUGGGCUGUGGUUAUUUCCAGCUUCUUGCAAUAAGUGCAUUUAAAACUAAUUUGGAGAGUCAUUUGGUUCUUCUUUCAGAGGGAUGGAACAAUUGCUUCUGGUUUCCUCUGUCUGUUUACAAAAGGGAAAUGCUGCAAAUUCCUACCUGAUUCUUAACUUCCAAGUAUGAUUUGUUUAACAAAGGAACUGCUACAAACUGAUUUGUGCCUGGACAAGGUGGCUAAGUCUUUGAUACCUCUUUCUAUGAGAACCAUGGACUAUCAGCUCAGCCAGCAAAAAAGAUUAUUAACCGCAACUCCAAUACAUCACUGAAAGCACAGAAUCCUUAUCCCAACAGUACAUAAUGAAAUCAGGUUUUGUCUCCAGGAAUUUUUACAGGUUAUUAACAAUCAAAAAUUAUUCUUAAAAAUUUCCCUCUGCCCAAUACAGGCAAAUACGUAUCCUAGAAUACAUGUUUAAUGUCUUGCCUAUCAUUUUCACGAACACUCUUUUGUAAAGUGGGGUCUGUAGAAAUACUCAGUGUGUUUCUUAUAAAUUAUUCUCUUUGGAGUCUAACAAUGUUUAUGGAAAGCCCAUCAUGAGUGGCAGCAAUGUGCUUUUCUCUCUCUCUCACAUGCAGUUUGUGCCUUCCUCUGCUGCUGCUGGGAUCCAUGCUUUUGGAGACUGCCCAGAGCCUGGACAGACAGAACAGUUCAGUUUUGUCCAGCCUGGUCUUGUCAUCAAAUUCUUGGUAACUUUGAGUCUUAGACAAUGCCUUCUUGGCAUCUCUGCCUUUCUGUCCUUUUGUUAUCUAUCUCUGGUGAGCUGGAAGUUCUCUGCAGAAAAAAAGGGAAGCGGAUGCCCCCCCUCCUUGGUGCUGUCCUCUUUCAUGCCUAGCUGUGAAGUAGAUCUUGUACUUAAAAAUUGGUCUCUUUUGUCAGGACAACUGUGUACAGCAGGUUUCUGAAAAAAUAGGAUUUAUACAGCUUACCAAGUUCACUCUGGAGAAAAAAAAAAACAUUUUCUGGUCUGCUAUGCAUUUUUCUCUUCUUCUGAAAUUCUUCAUUAAUACUGCUAAGUACUUUAAUGGUCUUCUCAGAAAAUUAUUUCUGUGCCUUAUAGCAAGCCAUCAUACUUUGCCAUUUGUUGCUACCUUACUUUUUUCUCUCAUCCUAACAAAGGUGCCUUUACUUGGAUUUAGUUUUUUCAUUCUUUGACAAGAAAUUGGCCAACUGCUAAACUGUCAAAAAUUUUGAGUAAAUAAGUAUAAAAAGCUAAAUGGAUAACCUGCAAAGCUAGAAAUCCCCCUUCUUAUGGUGCAUGGAUUCUUCUUGCUUUUCUUUUUAAUAAGUGCCCUAUGUGUAGCAGCAUAGAGUUGGAAACAAUUUGAAAGCACAGAAAUCUGCUCUUUGUGGAUUAAGAUAUGUAUAUUCAUUCCAAGAUAAAU